AUGGAGAGCACCUUGACCGGUUCCCGCACUCGAUCCCUCUCGGAUCCCGACCUUCCUCAGCUCCUGCCAGUACCGUCCAGGCCACAUUCCAGCUACGAACCAAAAGUCGUAUCAGAAUCGUACACUCAGUUCGAACCAGACCUCGUUGAGGCAAUGACUGCAGCGUUGGGCAUCGAUGCCGAGUCCCAACAGCAAUUCCUGUGGUUAGUGCGUGACUGCCUCCUCGCGCUCAAGGACAGCGGUUGGACGUGUGCAAUUUCAAAGCCCCGUGCUGACGUCACUGAUCUCACCUAUACAAACGUCGUUUCGCAGGAGACUAGGUCGUCACACUCAAUAGUUGAAGAUCAUCGUCUUCUGGCGGAGAGGCUGAUGCUAGAGUCGGCUGAGUUGGAGCAGAAACGCAAGGAUCGGCUGUAUCUCAUCAAAGAACUUGUCUACAAUCACAUAUCCGGUGUCAAAGACGUUCGAAAAGCGGCGACCCCCAAGAUCAUGGAACGCUUACUCGAAUACCUGGGCAUUGACGUUCACACUGAGAGCUUCCUUAUACGCCGUGUUAGACAGAUGUUGGAGGGAGUCUAUUUCACAGUGAAGCAUCUGGGUGGCCUCCAUUACGUUUCAGUGGACACCAUAGUGGACGUUCAUGCUCUUAUCGUCCAGCUGGCCUUGGAAAGGGCCGAGUUCAUGAAGAAAGUCUCACCUAGUGGGCUUCUGUAA